UCUUCCCACCUCUCGGGAAAGGAGAUGGUAACCAUGCUCGGCUUGUGAAAACCCAACCCGCAUCUUAAAACGAGAUGUCCCUCUUGUUCUCCCGCUCCAAGUCCAUCCUCGGCAGCAAGAAGGACAAGAGACACAUGGCGGACGCAACCGCCUCCCCGCUCAAGCACUUUGUCACUGCCAAGAAGAAGAUCAACGGCAUCUUCGAACAGCUGGGGGCCUACGUCCAGGAAAGCGCUACGUUUCUGGAGGAAACGCACAGGAAUGUGGAGCUGGACCCUGUCACCACAGAAGAGCAGGUGCAGGAGGUCAAAGGUUACCUGUCCAAGGUCAGCGGGAUCAGUGAGGUCCUGGCCCGGCGGCACAUGAAGGUGGCCUUUUUUGGCCGGACAAGCAAUGGGAAAAGUACUGUAAUAAAUGCGAUGCUGUGGGAUAAAGUCCUCCCCUCUGGCAUCGGGCAUACCACCAACUGCUUCCUGCGUGUGGAGGGGAUGGACGGCCACGAUGCCUUCCUGCUCACAGAGGGCUCCGAGGAGAGGAAAAGCGUCAAGACGGUCAACCAGCUGGCUCACGCCCUCCACCAAGAUGAGCUCCUGACUGCUGGCAGCCUGGUGAGCGUCAUGUGGCCCAAUUCCAAGUGCCCGCUUUUGAAAGAUGACCUGGUUUUGAUGGACAGCCCAGGAAUUGACGUCACCACUGAACUAGACAGCUGGAUUGAUAAGUUUUGCCUGGAUGCCGAUGUCUUCGUCUUGGUGGCCAACUCGGAGUCCACGCUGAUGCAAACGGAGAAGCAGUUCUUCCACAAAGUGAAUGCUCGCCUGUCUCGGCCAAACAUCUUCAUCUUGAAUAACCGAUGGGACGCUUCCGCCUCCGAACCAGAGUAUAUGGAAGAGGUGCGUCGGCAGCACAUGGAGCGCUGCACCAGUUUUCUGGUGGACGAGCUUGGCGUGGUGGAUCGCGCCCAGGCCAGUGACCGGAUCUUCUUCGUCUCGGCAAAGGAAGUGCUGAGCGCCCGGAUCCAGAAGGCUCAGGGGAUGCCCGAAGGGGGUGGUGCCCUGGCCGAAGGCUUCCAAGUGCGCAUGUUUGAAUUCCAGAACUUUGAGAGACGAUUUGAGGAGUGCAUCUCACAAUCAGCCGUGAAAACGAAAUUUGAGCAGCACACGGUCCGCGCCAAGCAGAUUGCCGAGGAGGUUCGACACAUCAUGGAUUGCGUACACGUGGCCGCCCAAGAGCAGAGGGUGUACUGCCUGGAGAUGCGAGAGGAUCGACAGGACCGCCUGGGCUUCAUCCAUAAGCAGCUGGAACUGCUCACUCAGGACUACAAGCUGAAGAUCAAGCAGAUCACGGAAGAAGUGGAGAGGCAGGUGUCCAACGCGAUGGCUGAGGAGAUCCGCCGGCUCUAUGUGUUGGUGGAUGAUUUCCAGCUGGACUUCCACCCCUCUCCAGUUGUCAUCAAAGUUUACAAGAAUGAACUUCACCGGCACAUUGAGGAGGGCCUGGGUCGGAAGAUGUCAGAACGAUGCUCUGCCUCCAUCACGACAUCGUUGCAUUCCAUGCAGCAAGAAAUGAUAGAUGGCUUAAAGCCCCUCCUCCCAGCCUCUGUGCGGGGCCAAAUAGACAUGCUGAUCCCCCGGCAGUGUUUCGCCCUGAGCUACGAUCUCAACUGCGACAAGCUUUGCGCUGACUUCCAGGAGGACAUUGAGUUCCAUUUCUCUCUCGGGUGGACGAUGCUUGUGAACCGGUUUCUGGGACCCAAGGGCGGCCGCCGGGCCUUGAUGGGAUACAGUGACCAGGUCCAGCGCCCUUUGCCUUUGACCCCCGCAAACCCCAGUCUGCCCGCCCUUCCCCAGGGCUCCUUGACCCAGGAAGAACUGAUGGUCUCCAUGGUGACGGGGUUGGCAUCGCUGACUUCCAGGACUUCGAUGGGCAUCCUCGUGGUCGGUGGAGUGGUCUGGAAGGCGGUAGGCUGGAGGCUGAUCGCUCUCUCCCUGGGCCUCUACGGCCUCCUGUACGUUUACGAGCGGCUCACCUGGACCACAAAAGCCAAGGAGAGGGCCUUCAAGCGCCAGUUUGUGGAGUAUGCCGGCGAGAAGCUGCAGCUCAUCGUCAGCUACACUGGCUCCAACUGCAGCCACCAGGUCCAGCAGGAGCUCGCUGGCACCUUUGUUCAGCUCUGCCAGCAAGUUGAUGUCACGAGGGAAGAUCUGGAGAAGGAAAUUGCAGCCCUGAAUCAAAAAAUCGAGGUCUUGGAUUCCCUGCAGGGCAAAGCCAAGCUGCUCAGGAAUAAAGCCGGGUGGCUGGACAGCGAGCUGAACAUGUUCAUCCACCAGUACUUGCAGCAGAGCAGAUAAGCAGAGAAGAGGGCGGAGGCCGUUCUUCUCCCCGUGUUCCACUCGCUGGUGAAAGCCGUUCUUGGCAAU